UCGGUCGGUACCGCUGAAAACGAAAUCAUGGAUCAAAAUAAUACGGUUGACCAUGUGUUUAUGUACAAUUUAUCAAAUAAUUUAUCUCUCAAGCAAAAUUUUGAACUAAUUAGUCAAGGAUCAGAAGCAAAAGUAUAUAAAGGCUUAUUUUUAGGUAAACCUUCCAUGUUAAAAGAAAGAUUUGUAAAAAAAUACCGGCAUCCAGAGUUGGACAAAUCUCUUACUUGUGAGCGUAUGCGAGCAGAAGUAAGGGCCUUAAAUAAAUGUCAUGAAGCUGGAAUUAAAUGUCCGGCUGUUUAUUUUGCAGAUUUGGAAAGUCGUUGCAUAAUCCUUCAAGAAAUAACAAAUUCUAUUACAGUUAAAGAAUACUUGAAAUCUAUUCUAGAAAGCCAAUGUAAUUCUGGAAUUAACAGUUUAUCAUCUUUAGCUCGAAAUAUUGGUUCCAGUAUUGCCAAGAUGCAUAAAAAUGAAUUAGUUCAUGGUGAUAUCACAACUUCAAAUAUGCUUUUAAAAACAGAUAAAUUAAACGAAUUUUCUUCUGAUAAAGAUUAUGAAGUAUAUUUCAUAGAUUUUGGUCUGGCUAAAAGAGAUAUUGUUGCAGAAGACAAAGCUAUAGACUUAUAUGUGUUAGAGCGUGUGAUCUCAAGUUCACAUCCCAAUUCUGAUACAUUUUAUGCUGCCAUAUUAGCCGAAUAUAUGAGAGUUCUUGGCAAUCAAUCAAAAGCUGUUGCUGAUAAACUUGAAGAAGUAAGAGCACGAGGGAGGAAAAGGACUAUGGUUGGCUGAUUUAUCUAAAUAUGAUAUAAUUGACUGUUUUUUUUAAAACAAGAAUUUGGUUUUACUUGUAAUAAAAUGGUAUAUAAUUGGAAAAAUUUCCUUUAAGGGAAAAAAUGCUUCGUUAAUUCAAUUUUAAAUGUGUUCGUAUUGCAGAUGUAACCAUUAAGUUACUUAUUACAGUACUUAUACAUUUCUGAGUAAAAAUGCAAUGUAUUUUUAUAGUAUGGCAAAAUAAUCAUAUUAAAUUAAAUAAUUAUAACUAAUAUAAAAAUGUUUUAAUACUACACUGUUUGUAUUUUUUAUAAAUCCUGUAAUUUUCAUAUUAAUAUGGACAUGACUAAAGAAUACAGUACAAACACAAAUGUGUAAUUUUUAAUGAGUAUAACUUGCCAAAUGUGCAUUGUUAUAUUUACAGACAA